AUGGCACUCAAGGUCGCAGUCCUCGACGACUACCAAAACAUCAGCCCGCGGCAUUUCGCGCGGCUCGCCUCUCGCGUGGAGUUCCGCUACUUCCCGGACACGCUGAACCCGCGCGAGCCCGCGCAGCAGAAACAACUCAUCGAGCGCCUGCAGCCCUUCGAGAUCAUCGUCUCGCAGCGCGAACGCACCCCUUUCUCCCGGGAAACGCUCUCCGCGCUCCCCAACCUGAAACUCCUCCUCACGACGGGCACGCGCAAUCUGGCCAUUGACAGCCAGUACUGCGCGGAGCGGGGCAUCCCGGUCGGCGGCACGCAGACGCGGCCCCCCGGGCUGAACUCCACCGUGCAGCACACCUGGGCGCUGAUUUUGGCGGUCGCGCGCAACGUCGCGCGGGACGACGCGGCGCUCAAGCGCGGGGAGUGGCAGGGGUCGCUGGGGUGCACUCUGGCGGGCAAGACGUUGGGGCUGCUGGGCUUGGGGAAACUCGGGUCGCAGGUGGGGAGGAUUGCGGUGCAGGGGUUCGGGCUCGAGGUGAUCGCCUGGUCGACCAACCUCACUCAGGACAAGGCGGACGCACAGGCCGAGGCGAUGGGCCUGCCGGCGGGGAGCUUUCGGGCGGUGGCCGACAAGUUGGCCUUCUUCCGCGAGGCCGACGUGGUGAGCGUGCACAGCGUGCUCUCGGAGCGCAGUCGCGGCAUUGUGGGGCGGCAGGAGCUAGCCGCGAUGAAGAAAUCCGCCCUGCUGGUCAACACCUCCCGAGGUCCCUUGGUGGAUGAGGAGGCGUUGCUGGAGACGCUGAAUCGCGGUGCGAUCGCCGCGGCCGCGUUGGACGUGUUUGCGGUCGAACCGCUGCCGCUGGACAGUCCCUGGCGCACCACGGCGUGGGGGAGGGAGGGCCGCAGUGAGGUGCUCCUGACGCCGCACACCGGCUACGCGGAUGAACAGAUCCACGGCUGGUAUCAGGAGGUAGCGGAGAAUCUGGAGCGGUGGUUGGAUGGGCAGGAAAUGACCGUCCGCUUAAAUUAG